AUGCCAAAGAUAACUUACAAGAUUUUCUACUUCGUGCUUCCAGUUGGGCUUGAAAAAAUAUUACAGUUAUUAACAUCUGGAGAUAUCGAUGUCCAAAUCCAUGUUGUAAAGGUGGUGGCUAAUCUUGCUGCUGAAGAUAUCAAUCAGGAAAAGAUUGUGGAGGAAGGUGGUCUAGAUGCACUGCUCAUGCUGUUGCGAUCAUCCCAAAAUACAACCAUACUUAGGGUGGCUUCUGGAGCUAUUGCUAAUUUGGCAAUGAAUGAGGCAAAUCAAAAUUAAUAAUGAAUAAAGGAGGUGCUCGGCUCUUGGCAAAUACUACGUCCAAAACAGAUGAUCCCCAAACUUUAAGAAUGGUAGCUGGAGCCAUUGCAAAUUUGUGUGGAAAUGGUAAGCUCAAGGUGAUUCUGCAGUUGACGUAAAUCAUGUUGUUGGAUGGGUUUAGAUACCUAAUGUACUUCAAUCUCAUCUCUAAUGCCUUGAUUAAUAUUGCAAGUUAUAUGAAACAUUUUGUUAUAUCAAAUACUUGGUAAAUUUUGAAAAACUAGUCAUCACCUGUCAUGUUGAGAUACUUCUGCUCUGGUCUUAUAUACUG